AUGUUGUCGUCCGAUUCACUUCCGCCUUAUAGACCAACACAUCGAGAGGGCUCAUUGAUUGGCACCGAAGAGUUGCAUUUGGAUGAGAAGUGGUUUCACGGAAAGCUAGCGGGCGGUCGCAAUCAGGCCGAAGCCCUUCUGCACCGGUACUCGCAUUUAGGGAACGGAACUUUUCUAGUGAGAGAUAGCGAUACGUUUGUCGGCGACUAUUCGCUGUCGUUCUGGAGAGAGGGUCGCGUCAAUCACUGCCGAAUCAAACAAAAACAGGAGAGAACGGGAACUAAAUAUCAUUUAAUAGAUUCGGUCACAUUUGACACGCUUUACGGUCUCAUAACUCACUAUCAAUCGCAUCCACUGCGAAGUCAAGAGUUUGCCAUCCAAUUGACUGAACCCGUGCCUCAGCCCAACUCACACGAAGGCAAGGACUGGUAUCACUCGAAUAUGACACGAGUCCAGGCGGAGGAUAUGCUCAAACGGCUCCGAUAUGACGGCGCCUUUCUUGUCAGGCCUUCAGAAAAGGAAGAAAAUUCGUUCUCCAUUUCAUUUCGAGCCGAGAAUAAGAUAAAACACUGCCGUAUUAAACACGAGGGAAGACUUUAUAUCAUUGGUAAUAUUCAAUACGAAAGUCUCGUCGAAUUAAUUAGCUUUUAUGAAAAACACCCGCUCUAUAGAAAAGUCAAACUAAAAUAUCCGACAAAUGAGGAAAUAGUGCGAAGAAUUGGUUCUGAACCUCUGGGCUCUGAAGGCAAUUAUAUGGAUCACAAUCCCAACGCACAACCCGUGACUGUUAAAGCGUUGUACGAUUAUAAGGCCGAAAGAGGCGAUGAGCUAUCAUUCUGUAAGCACGCAAUCAUAACAAAUGUGAUAAGACUGGAGAGCGGCGGCGGCUGGUGGAGAGGCGACUACGGCGGCAAAAAGCAA